AUGACAGCCAACCAAGUAGACAGUCAUUCUCAGAAAGCCACCACUUCUAAAAUGUCUGAUACGCCCCAGUCGAGCGAGCACGAUGCCGUGGUAGAGGUAGACCACCAUGACGGACGUGGUUUUCAGCUUGUUGACAGUGUAACCGAACAGACUGCAAAACUGUCGGUAAUUGACGCAGAAGCCGCUGAGGACGAGGACAGUCUGGCAAAUCUGCCGAAGAACGUUCUGUUGCGCCUUGAUGCGCUGCGAAAGCUACAGGAGGCGCAGGCGAUUGUGGAGGAAGAGUUUGAAAAGGAACGUAAGGCAUUAGAAUUAAAGUAUGAAAAACUUUACCAGCCUUUCUAUAAGCAGCGUGCUGAGAUCGUUUCCGGCUCCAAGGAGGUGGACGCUGUCACGGCUGCUUCCGCCGAUUCUCAAAAGGCUAGCACCGAUCUUGAAGAUGAUGUAAAGGGUGUGCCUGGAUUCUGGCUGCGCGCUUUUAUGAAUCACUCAGUGCUGGCUGAGCUCAUUCAGGAACGCGAUUUACCGGCCUUCGAGUUUCUCAUUGAUGUGCGAUCGGUCAGUCACGAGGAAGAUAAUGGAUUUAAGCUUACAUUUGAAUUUGCAGAGAACCCAUUCUUCUCAAAUAGGACCCUUGUCAAAGAGUACGAUAUUGGUGACGCCUCGGAGAUGGGUGAAGCCGUGUUGCGCAACGUGACCGGAACUGUUAUCAAGUGGAAGGAGGGACAAAACUUAUGCGAGGUGACUAAGAAGGUAAAACAACGCGCUAAGGGUGGAAAAGGCGAAACUCGCGUCGUCAGCCGGACUGAACCCUGUGAAAGCUUCUUUCAGAUCUUUACGCCUGUAGAGAUGCCGUCAGAAGAGGACGACGAAAAUAGCGAAAUUAUCAUGCGCCAACUCAGUGGUGACUUCGAGGUUGGCUUCACUAUUCACGAAACCAUAAUUCCGCAAGCCUUGCUGUGGUUCACUGGUGAGGCUGUCGAGAAAGAUGACUCGGAGUACGACCCAGAGGAGAACGAUGAUUACGAAGAUUCGGAUGAGGAAUCUCCUACAGAUGACGAGGCCCCGAAGCCUCGGUCUAAGAAAAAGUUUCCUGCACUUGAAGGAGGUGCCGCUUCGACCGAAAAACCGCCCGAAUGCAAAAACCAGUGA